AUGUCGAAGCGACGAGCCGUUGCCAAACCCGCAGAGGACUUCGACGAUGAGGAGUUUGGGCGAUACCAUCGCUCUCACAAGCGUAUGAAAGCCGCGUCCAAGACCAAAGAUGAGGAGAUCUCAUGGCUUCGACUUGGACUCGAGGAAAAUCCCGGAACGAGGGAUAAGAAACACGAGAAGGUCUUGCUGGAGCAAGCCGUUGGAAGAUGCGGUAUCACUCAUGGCGGUCACAACCUGAGAAUAAGGCUCGUGAUCUUGGGGGCCAACUUAUCAAUAUGGAGACCAAGAUUGAAGAUUUUUACUUCCGAGAACACAGCGCUGCAGAUGCAGUCAUCUCGAGUGGAGGGAUACUACAGUGAACUUUUCACAAAGUUCGACGACUACAAGAGGACAAUGCGCGAGAUGGACAGUGAAAAUUAA